CGGUUGCAGUGGCGCCACGUACGGAAUUUUGUACGUCACAUAUUGAAUCCUGGAGCAGUAGUUUAUACAUAGUGGGUAAACAUGGCAAGCUUUUCUCAAACAAGUAAACACAGCGACAAAGAAAGAUGGGUUUGCAUCUAUCCAGCUUACUUGAAUAGUAAGAAAACUCUAGCUGAAGGACGCAAAUUAAACAAAUCAAGUUGUGUAGAAAAUCCAACGCAUCAAGAAAUUCGUGAUAUUUUGAACAGUGCUGGAUUAAAUGUAGUGGUGGAAAACAAAUUGUACCCAAGAGAGAAUAGUAAAGAGUUACUUUAUCGAGGCAGAAUAAGAGUUCAGUUGAGAAAUGAUGAUGGGACACCUGUUAACCCAAAUUAUCCUACUAGAGAUUCUCUCUUGAAAUUCAUUGGCACAAGCAUUCCCAAACUAAAAACUAGACAGGGCAAAACAUCCGCUCCUGAACCAUCUUCUCAACAAACAGCUGCUACAUCUAAGAAAGGUAAAGGAAAAGGUCGAAGAUGAACAAGUUCAGUGAAAACUGUGUUAAUAUAUAUGGACAUUGUUACUGAACAUUUUUGUGUUGAUCACUGUGUAUACUAUUAGCUACAAGUUAUGUUCAUUACACGUAAGAAAGAAUGAGAAAUAGUUUUAUGUAUUUCUGUCAGAAAAUACUUUAUUAUUAGCAUAGUUUAAAAGCUGUGCAAUAAAUAUAUAAGUUUUGAUAUAAAAA